CAAAUUUAUAAAAUUUCAUUUUAUAGCUAAUACAUCAUUUCAUAUUAUCUUCAGAGAAAACCAAACCUAACAAAAAGCAAACAAAAAUACAUAAGAAAUUUUUUUUUAACAUACAGAGGAAGCAUAAAAUAACUCCGGAAGAAGGAGUCUUGAUGUCAAAAAUAGCAUAUCUAAUAUUGCAGAAGGCCAGAAGGGGGUGUUGCCCCUGUUGGGCAAAACAUAAUGAGGUCAUAUGCUACGUGGCAAUCCAGAUGGACCUCCCGGGGGUCCGGGGGCAGGUUUUGAUGAAGUAAUAAUUUUAUUCAGAUCCCUCUGAUCUGAUCGUGGCUGCACGUAAUAAUUCAUAAAUCACCUUAUUAAUAAAAAAAAUAAUCAACGCAUGAGAAUGGAAGAUUCCUAAGCCGAGUUGAUCCCCAUCGUCCGAUUCGAUGGCAGCAAGCUGCAAAAUUCGUUACAAAUAAGGAAAAGUCUUGGCCAAAAUAUCUGCAUCUCUCUUUAAUCACUUAUACUGUGUGGAAAACUCUCCAGUGAGUGAACACAUUAAAUAAAUAGUGGAAUGCGAGUCAGACACAGCUCCCACCGCUUGUGCGUGACUGCGUGAGAAUUUUCUUUGGCUGAUUCGCAUGAGCUAACUGAUUACAAUUAGUGAAAGAUUUAUGCGUGACUACUCCCUUGUGGAGGAACCAUAAUUAAAACUCCAUUCUCCAUUUCUCACCUUCUCACCGCCUGCUCAAUCCAGGUAUGAUCAGUGGCUAACAAAAUAUUUCAUUUUGUGUUGUAUGCGUGUUUUUGGAUUUACAGUUUGAUUCCUGAUGUGGGAUCUUCUGGGUUGUUGGUUUUGUUUUUUGAAAGUUCCCUUUGGUGCAGUUUACUAAUUGAAUUUGUGGAUUCUUGGGCAUGAUUCGGUAUUGAUUUUGCUUUUAUUUGAGGGUUCGAUUUGUUUUGAGGCUUUGUUCAUGUUUAAGAAGAGAGGAAAAGAAAAGGUUUGGGCUUUUUUUCCAGAAGGGAGAUGCUGUAAUGAAACCAAUUUUAAUUUUUGGAUGUGGAUUUGAUGUUUAACGAGUAAUGAAUCAUGAAAGAGUUCUCAUUUUGGUUAACGAAAGAUGUCUUUUUUUUAAAAAAAAUUUUUUUUAAUCAUUUUGGCAAAGGGAGAACAAAGAUAGUCCCACUGCCAUUAUACUUGACUGCCUAUAGAUUAAGCCUUUUAUUUACCCUUGGAUUUCUUCAUACGCCCUUUCUGCCAUGUAAGAUGAAACUGCUUGGCCCUGAUAUAAAUUUUGGUUUUAGAGCUUCACUUCUUCAGACUCUUUUUUGGAAUUUCUAAAAUUUGUUUUGGGGUUUGGGGGGAGGGUGUUAUUUGAUGUCUGAAGAGAAAAGUUAAUGACCUUGUUUUGCACAAUUGUCAACAAAAACAUACUCUUGAUGAGUGGAGGAGGUUAAAAGAAUUGCAUCAUAAAAGCUUGGCCUGGACCACUAAUGUGUGAUUGUCGGAUUUACUUGUGGAAUUUGAUCUUACUUUAUAUUGUGUCUGUUGGUUCACUCUCUGCAUUCAUUGCGUGUGGAAUUUGAUAAUGCUUUAUUGUAUCUGGUUCUGCGCAAGAAUUUUAGUCAAACAAAUUUUGGUGCACUUUCAAUGUAUAAAUGAUGGGUGUACUUCUGUGAAAUUGUGUUUCUUUUGAACUGUUGAAUGUUGGUGCAUGUUCAACCAGUUUUAUCAGCUUUUAUUCGGGUCCUUGUGACCACCUACAUGCGGGGAGUGAAACUUACAUAUGUCAUACUGACUUGUUCAGUGAAAUAGGGGGCAGCAGGUUGAACUUGUAUAAGAAUCGUAUAAUUUUGUAAGAUUAAUUGUAGAGUGAGAUCUGUCCAUUUCACUUUGUACAAGUUAUUUGGUAGGUCAGCAUAAUCUAUCUAAAGUACAUUAUUUUUAGGGUGUUAAUGCUUGAGAAAGAAUGAUGAUUCAGGAAAUGUUAUCUAAAUUUGUCUUUUGCUACCAUGUUCUCCUUGCUAUAAAUGAUUAUUUUAUUUCCUCUCCAUUCUUUUUGUUGAAGAAUGUCAAAUGCAUGUUUCCUGUUGGCUUAAACAACGAAUCAUGUAACUCGAUAUUGUUCUUAAUAUAUGUAAUGAGGCUUUCUCAUGCUUACCUUUUCGCAUAUCAGUCUGCCUGGAUUACAUCAUUUUUUAUGUGGCAUUAUUUUCCUGGUUGCAUUUUGACCUUGCGACUCAUGUUGGUAUGUUUGAAACAUAAUAAUCUUACAUAAAGCCAUACUGGUUUUCUAGCAAUGUUUCGUCGGAGGAGCAACUCUCAUCACGAGCAGGACUCUACUGAGCAGCAACAGCAAAAGGUAUUGAGAAGUGGUAAACUUGAAGAUGCUCUUGUCAUGAUCACUUUGAGUAGGCUUUUAUUUGGUGUCACUUAUUAUCUGGGGCAAACAUUUUCUUUUAAUAGAUGUAGUGGGGUUCUUAACUGCCAAUAUAUCUUUUGUUCCUGUGUCUUUUGGCACCGAGAAUGGUUACUUUGUUAUCCUAUGUCGCAAAUUUCAUCGAUAUGGGCUUUGCUUUGAACUCAACUUCUUGUUUACAGGUUAAUGAACUUAAGGAUGCUCUGGGUCCUUUAUCAGGACGUGCCUCGCUGUAUUGCUCUGAUGCUUGCUUCAAGAGGUAUUUGGAAGCCCGGAACUGGAAUGUGGACAAAUCGAAAAAGAUGCUAGAGGACACACUUAGGUGGAGGUCAACCUACAAGCCAGAAGAAAUUCGCUGGCAUGAAGUUGCCGAGGAGGGUGAGACGGGGAAGGUGUACCGAGCAAACUUUCAUGAUCGCCAUGGGAGGACUGUUCUUAUAUUGAGACCUGGAAAGCAGAACACAACAUCAAUGGACAACCAAAUUAAGCAUUUGGUGUAUCUCAUUGAGAAUGCCAUUCUGAAUCUUCCUGAAGAUCAAGAACAGAUGGCAUGGUUGAUAGACUUCUCUGGUUGGUCAAUAACCAACAACGUGCCAAUGAAAUCUGCCCGAGAUACUGUUCAUAUACUACAAAACCAUUAUCCCGAGAGACUAGCUGUAGCAUUUCUCUACAACCCUCCGCGUAUUUUUGAAGCAUUCUGGAAGGUUGUUAAAUACUUUUUGGAUCCUAAGACAUUUCAGAAGGUGAAAUUUGUGUAUCCAAAGAACAAGGACAGUGUGGAGCUCAUGAGGUCAUAUUUUGACGUGGAUAAUCUUCCAAAAGAGUUUGGUGGAGAGGCAACAUUGCAAUAUGAUCAUGAGGAGUUCUCUAGACAAAUGGCUCAGGAUGAUGUGAAAGCUGCGAAAAAAUGGGGUUUUGACAACAAGCUCUCAAAUGGGUAUUUGGGGGCCGAAGUUGCCCCUGAGCCAGAGUCCCUGGCUUCACCAGCGAGCUGAUUUCCCUGUCAUAGAUCUAAACGGCAGCAUGACAUAAUAUGGUUGUCCUUGACAGGUUCCAGGACUGAUGGUGGGAUUCAGAAACUCCUGGAUAUCAAUAAAUACUUUGGCCUUACAUAAAUGCCUAUAUCGGGACGAACAAAGACACACUUUGGUAUUAUGCUUAUGCUAAAGCUAAACUGGAAUAUGUUGUAGUAGGAGAUAUGAAUCUUAGGCCUUUAUGUAACUUGGACUUACAGUAUGGUUAGGGUUGGUUAUACUAGUGCCAUCCUUGUUUUUACUACUUACUAGUAGAAGAGUAUUGAGGUGCCUGAGGUUGCACAAUUUUCUUCACAAGAGUUUCUUCAGAAACUGAAGUGCUGUGUGUACGAUACUAUGGCCUAACACAAUAUAUAGUAUGUUAUUUUUACAAAAUGGAGGUGCACUGCAAAGAGUUAGAAUGGUCUCAAGUAGUAUUUUACUGUUGUGUACAACAAUGUACGCCUCCAUUGCAGCUGAUAUGUUAUUUGCAGAUUGUUGAAUGGAUUCGGUGGGAAUUGCCCUUGUCAC